AUGGAAGAUGGAGAGGCAGUUGGUUCACCCACCGCAAUUUUGGACGAGCUUCUGGCCCAGGAGGAAUACAACCUGGUGAGGGCUGGUGCAGCUCUGCGAGUGACAGCAGAGUUUUGGCCUGACGAGCUCGAGGAAGCAGAGGGCACACUGAGCCCGAUCUCACAGCAGAUUGCCGACCUUUGCGGUGAAUUGGAAACUUGCCUGGGAAGCCUCAACUCCUGGCAACAGCACGACUCGCAUCGACACAAGGAAUAUGCGCAGCGGAUAGACGAGGACUCUGAGGAUAAUUCUCCCAACUGGAUCCUUCAAGAUGCUGACGAGGAGGACGCGAGUGGGUCCCACGAAGAAAUCACAGUUCAAGCACGCACUCAAGGAAGCUCUCGAGUGAUGCCAACGUCUUCUCCGAGGAGUGUGGGCGAGUUGGAACUGGAGAGGAUGGAACUACCGACGCUGAUGAGACCUCGUGCACAGGUCAGUCUCCGCAAAAUACCGGAGGCUAAGAUUUUGUGCCAAAGUGCGCAAGAGGAGGUGCCUUCAGAGCUGGAGGCAUCCUUUGUUGAUGCCGACGUAGAUCCAGGCGCUGGCACAGAUGGCAGCCAGGUCCAGGUAGAAGACUUGGAGGCGUUGUUGGCAGAAUGUCGGAGGAUGGGCGCCGGAAUGAUGCAGUGCUGA